GGUAACACGCAUAUCAAUUCAACAAACACUAUACAUUUUUUAGACACAUGCAGCGCUGUUAUGGUGGAAAUCACGCGAUUGUCAUUUUUUUCCCUCCAUCUCGACCAUCAGUAUACGCUGAUACGUAACACCAGUAGCUUAACUCAAGUGAAAAUUUUCAAUAUGAAACUCCUCCAACCGCACAAUAUCAUCGAAGAGAGCUGGCCAUCGGCUUGGGUGACCGGAAUUAUCGGAUUACGUCCAUUAAUUAUAGAGAGAAUAAAGGCAAUUGGCUAUUUAUACAUGCUAAUCUUCUGGAUAUUAUACUGCGUUAUGGUAUCCUUGACAAUAGAUUACGCAAAUGACAUAGUCACCGAGUGGCGAAUAAUCUCAAAAUCAAUAAGGAUAAAGCCAGUUGGAUUCGUCAUGGAUAUUUUAUGUUGCGUACUUAUAGUUGCUGGCAGUAUAUUAAAUAGAAUCAAUGAUGAAAAUUCGAAUUCGUUACUUCUCAAGUAUGAUGAAAAACUAAAUUUACUUAACGUUAAAUUCAUUUACAAAACCUUCAUGAAAGCUCAACAUGUGCAUAUCCUCACUAUCGGAAUGCUCACGGUUUUGAUGGGCUUUAUUGAGUAUGCUAACUUACAGAGCGCAAGUAGAAAAAAUACGUAUGUUCUUGUCUGUAUUACGAAUCAAUUACCACAGUUAGUGAGCAGUUUUGCAACUGUACCAUUCGUCGCUAUGUGCAUGAGAGUCAGAAAACGAAACGAAGUAAUCAAUGAUUUGAUUCCAACAAUGACUAAUACCGCUAAGAAUAUUCCCGGCAAUCUCUCACUGGACAUGAACAACGUGUUCAGGGUGAAAUUACUCAGCGAAGCUUAUGGACUCCUAGCUGAUGUCGUUGCCACAGUCAAUAACACAUACGCUUUGGUUCUUUUGGUCAGCUUCAGUAGCUCCAUAGCCUGGAUUUUUGUACACCUGCAUCUCGGUUAUACAGCGUAUCAAGUCCAAGCUCAUUACGCGGACAUUACCAUGGAACUCCUCCUGGUGAUGUUUUUUCUUUUAAAAUGUGUACUUAUUAUUGAUGCAUCUCAUUCCGUUAAUUCUCAGGGAAAGUAUCUCAGUAUUCUCCUCUAUGAAUGCCAGACAAACUCGGAUCAUCAUUUGCUUAGGCAGGAGAUAGAAUCAUUCGCGCGCCGGGUGGAAACCACGAAUAUCAGAUUCACAGUGUACAACCUCUUCGUUAUCGAUUAUGGAAUACUGCUCAAGAUGUUCCUGGAAUCAGCACUGAUGUUGCUCCUAGUAUCAGCCUUAGCCUCAGGCCGCCCAGAGCCACCAAUUGGUCAAUAUCUCUCUCCCGAGCAACAAUACGGCCCACCCCGUAAAAAUGAGUAUUCCGGGGAUGGUUCGUCAGGGCAAAAUGGACAAAACGUUGGAUUUGGAACAAAUCAAUACCUUCCGCCGAAUCAGCAGUAUGGACCACCCGGCGGUGGAGCCGGUGGUGGUUACGAUGAUGGAUCCAAUGACUCGCCAGCUAAAUACGAAUUCGAAUAUAUGGUGAAUGAUGCGGAAAGUGGAAAUGAUUUUGGACAUAAAGAGAGUCGUGACGAUGAUGUGACACGUGGUGUCUACUACGUCCUGUUGCCUGACGGCAGACGUCAGACUGUCGAGUACAUUGCCGAUCAAAAUGGUUUCAGACCGGUAGUCACUUACACACAAGAAGCUACAGGAAAUGGCUACCGAAACGACGGUGGUGUUGGUUAUCCAAGUGGAAACAAUGGUUAUCGUUAUUAGUUUCAUACAUGAACAACGGACUAUUGGGCCUAUUUUCACAUUGAGAUCUUAACUGUAAUACCCUACUGCAAAACCCAUACCUCGUAUCAGCGUGAAUUCCCAGCAAUAAUCGCUCUUUAAUUUGACAUUUAUUAUUAUUGAAAUCAUCAUUGAACUGCAUAUUUUCCACUUAAAA